UAUCGUUGCGCAUUUUGGCCGUUGAGGCUCGUGUCGUGUUCCGAAUUAAUUUGAAAACUGCAUUUACAAUGCUGCAAAACGAUGCGGUGCGGACACUGCAAUAUGACAGCGAAAUACGAGUGGCACAGCAGCAAAGUCCCACGGAACCAAGGGUUUAUGAUUCUCAUAUAAGCAUUACCUCACAGCCAAGACCCGGCUCAGAGGCUCCCAGGAUACCAUUGCCCACUGUGACUGGCAGUCGAACGUUUAUGCCCCUCUCCGGCUACGAUUGCCUAGCAGACUUGCCCUCGGUCCACAUUGAACAGACAUUCGAGUUGAAUGAGUCCCUGACAGCCGUCUCCUCGGAGAAUCGCUAUGUGGUGCGAUCACCCCUGGGCGAUGCUGUCUUUGCCGCCAGCGAAAGCUCCACGGAGAACAAUCGUCUUCUUUGGGGCGCCGGGCGACCCUUCCAGAUGCACCUGCUGGACAAGACACACCAGGAGGCUCUGGUGUUCCGCAAGAAAUUCGCCCUCGGUUCGAUGUGCUGCCAGGCAAAGAGUCUGGAGAUCUGGAUACCGCCGGGCAAUGUACUCGGACGGGUGGUGCAGUCACCCACGUUUAUGCAGCCCGAGUUCUUCAUCGAGGAUGGCAACACGGGCCAGCCCGUCUUCUGUGUGGAGGGUCCAGCGAAUUCCGGUUUCUGCUGCUUCUGCCUGCCCAAAGAGUGCUACUUUAAGGUACAUUCGGGUGGUAACCUAAGGGCCUCCAUCGAUCACAAGUGGAUGGCCAGCAAGUCCCAGUACACCACAAAUAUCUACUACAGCGAUGCCAAACUGACGGCCAAGGAGCGUGCUUUGAUAUUAGGCUCAGCCUUUCUGCUGGAAUACAUGUACUUCCAAACGCGCUUCUAAGACGAUCCAGCAACGAAAUAAUUGUAUAUUUGAUAUAUUUUCACAUUGAUUUCUUUAUUUUUGUCAUUUUUUUUGUAUAAGUUUUCAAGUUGGUUGGUUUUGUUUUGUUUU